AGAUCUGCUGAACAUAGACGUCCAGUUGGUCACACUGAUCAGCCGUGCCGAAUUUUCACCGAAGUACUGCUGAGGUCGCAACCAGGAGACAGGACGUUAGGGAUUGCGCCAGCACUAGCGUGUGGAGGAAGCUGUGGAUGUCAGGAUACGGACUUGUCUCAGGAAGGUUGUGUUAUGGAACUACGGGUGAUGCUCAGUGGUGAUAUGGCCACAGUUAUAGCCUGAGCCUUGAACUAACCGCGCGGGCCGAAUUCAAACGGACACAUCCUGAGCUAGACGGUAUGGCUCUUGAAAAGGCCGCUCUCGGAAGCUUCCUCGUGAAACGAAAUCGCACCCGUCCACCAUUCCCUGCGGCGAAGACACGAAGCGGCGGGUUGGACCAACCUGAUUCUGCGGGGCCGUCUGCUACCGACGACGAUGAUGGGGAGAGACAAGGAUGUGACUGGUCUUUGGCGACAUUACUCCAGAUCGUCAGCUACCUCGUCUUCGCUGUACUGUAUAUAAUAGAUUGCGGGUCCGAUAUUUGGACAGCUAGCGUCUAUAAAACGGACCAAGAGGACCGGCAUUUCUGGUUGACUUUCAUUAUUGUCGCUGUGUCCUCUGUGACUCUCGUUGUGAUUAACCUCUACUGGUAUUACUGUGAAUAUGAAGACGAUAAGGCUGUGAGGCCGGAUGGUAUGCCGCCCAGGUGGGUAUGGGCAGUGAGGAUCAUCUUCACGCUGUGCCUCCUCGGACCAUUUCUUAGAUGUAUAGAAAUAUGCCGCUUGGGGAUGAAGAACAAACGAGCUGAGGACGAGCGGGUAAAGGAAUACUACAAAAAACGCGCGGAUCUUGAGAUCCAAGAUGUGGCGGUGCUUGGAAUCAUUGAAUCCUUCCUGGAGUCGGCCCCACAGUUAGGUUUACAACUUUUCAUCAUGCAGACACAGGGACACGAGGAGAACUUCAGGCUGUUCAUACAAACUGCCUCCUGUCUUUCGUCCUGGCUGUCUUGUGCCAUAGCUUUGGUAUCGUACAGCCGCGCAAAUCGAGUUGCCAGGCCAAUGAAGGAACAACUGAGGUUACCAGCCAUGCUUAUGCUAUUCCUGUGGAGGCUAUUUACCAUUGGUCCAAGGAUACUGGCUCUGUCUCUUUUCGCCUCCAUCAUUGCCGUUCGCUAUUACGUCCCAGUGGCAAUCGCUUGUCAUUGGCUGCUGAUGACAGUUUACUUAAUUUCGCGCAGGACAAAUUAUUGCAAUGGGAAAAUCUUUGAGAUUUCAUUCAAUGUGCUUGUCGGUUUCGUAUACAUUUUCACAUUUUGGAACAUUGAGGACGGUCAUACGCGCUUGAGGUAUACAUUCUAUUACAUUUUGAUUUAUCUGGAAAAUCUAGGUAUGGUAGUCACGUGGUUUCUUCUGACCACUCACGCGGGACAAUGGUACUACAUCCCCUCAUUUCUUUUCGUGAUAAUAGGCUUCCUAUUGGGCGUGGCAUUCAUGUUGGCAUAUUACAAGGGAUGUCAUCCGAAGACAAUCAAAUUAUGCUUGACAGCAGACGACUUUGAUCAGAGCGGACCGUACUCCCAAGACGCAAUGCACCUUGAUGAAAGCACUGCCGUCAUUGACAAUGAGGAGGAAAGGCUCUAGGCCUGGAACUCGCAGACAACGCCGGGUCGCAAGACACCAGGAUACCAGCAACAACCCGCGAUUUUUAGACUCCGAUGCAGUCCAUUUCGUCAUCCUGAUAGUCCGUCCUCUAUCGGGCGACAAGACAUAACCGGUCGACUACUGCGUCCGGAGUGUAGUGAUUUUGGACUCCUGUUGAUAAUUAUACUUCAACGACAAGCGCUAAAAUUAUUAUCUGUGCUUUGUGUGAGCUAAUAUUAGUGUUACCAGAGUCUUUUAAAUAAAUGUUUUCGCAUAUUGUA